AUGUUUCGGAAUAGUCUCAAGAUGCUUCUGACUGGUGGGAAAUCAAGUCGCAAAAAUAGGUCAAGUGGUGGCAUCUCCACAGAAAGCGACUGUGCUUUUGAGCCAGACUACGUCGUCCCACCACUUCCAGUGAGUGAAGGUGAUGCUGAACAGGAACUUGGCCCCCCUCCGUCUGUAGAUGAGGCAGCAAACACACUCAUGACUCGUCUGGGUUUCCUCCUUGGAGAGAAAGUCACGGAAGUUCAGCCAGGUGACCAGUACACCAUGGAAGUGCAGGAUGAAAAUCAGACCUCAACAAUCACCCAGAGGAUAAGUCCCUGUUCCACCCUGACUAGCAGCACUGCCUCUCCACCAGCCAGCAGCCCCUGUUCCACCCUCCCACCAGUCAGUACAAAUGCAACUGCCAAGGACUGCAGCUAUGGGGCUGUCACUAGUCCAACCUCCACACUUGAAAGCAGAGACAGUGGCAUCAUUGCUACAUUGACAAGCUAUUCUGAAAAUGUGGAACGCACAAAAUAUGUUGGAGAAAGCAGCAAAGAAUUAGGAUCUGGAGGAAACUUGAAGCCUUGGCAGUCUCAAAAAUCCAGCAUGGACUCCUGUUUAUAUCGAGUGGAUGAAAACAUGAUGGCUUCCACUUAUAGUCUGAAUAAAAUCCCAGAGAGGAGUUUGGAAACAGUUUUGUCCCAAUCAGUACAGUCUAUUCCCCUUUAUCUCAUGCCACGGCCAAAUUCAGUAGCAGCUACCAGCUCCGCCCACUUGGAGGACCUUGCUUACCUGGAUGAGCAGAGACACACACCUUUAAGAACUUCUCUUCGAAUGCCAAGACAGAGCAUGGGCGGUGCUCGUACACAGCAGGACUUACGAGUUCACUUUGCACCAUAUCGGCCUCCAGAUAUCUCCUUAAAGCCUCUGCUCUUUGAAGUGCCCAGCAUCACUACAGAGUCCGUGUUUGUUGGCCGGGAUUGGGUCUUCCAUGAAAUAGAUGCUCAACUGCAAAGUUCAAAUGCCAGUGUUAACCAAGGAGUAGUGAUUGUGGGAAAUAUCGGGUUUGGCAAAACUGCCAUCAUCUCCAGACUGGUGGCCCUCAGCUGCCAUGGCACACGGAUGAGACAGAUCGCCUCCGACAGCCCACAUGCCUCCCCCAAGCAUGUGGAUGCCAACAGAGAGUUGCCACUCACACAGCCACCUUCAGCCCACUCAUCUAUCACCAGUGGAAGCUGCCCAGGAACCCCAGAAAUGCGUAGACGGCAGGAGGAGGCUAUGCGAAGAUUAGCCUCACAGGUGGUUGCCUAUCACUAUUGCCAAGCAGAUAAUGCCUACACCUGCCUGGUGCCCGAAUUUGUCCACAAUGUGGCUGCCCUGCUCUGCCGCUCACCUCAACUGACAGCCUAUCGGGAACAGCUUCUCCGGGAGCCUCACCUGCAGAGCAUGCUGAGCCUUCGGUCCUGUGUUCAAGACCCCAUGGCCUCCUUCCGCAGGGGAGUCCUAGAGCCCCUGGAGAAUCUCCACAAAGAGAGAAAAAUCCCAGAUGAAGAUUUCAUCAUCUUAAUUGAUGGAUUAAAUGAAGCAGAAUUUCACAAACCGGAUUAUGGGGAUACAAUUGUAUCAUUUCUGAGUAAAAUGAUUGGAAAAUUUCCUUCUUGGCUCAAACUAAUUGUAACAGUUAGGACCAGUUUACAGGAAAUUACCAAGCUGCUGCCUUUCCAUAGGAUUUUUUUGGAUCGACUAGAAGAGAAUGAAGCCAUAGACCAGGACCUGCAGGCUUAUAUCCUGCACCGGAUACACAGCAGCUCAGAGAUCCAGAAUAACAUUUCACUUAAUGGCAAAAUGGACAACACUACAUUUGGCAAACUCAGUUCUCAUCUCAAGACCCUCAGUCAAGGGUCCUAUCUAUAUCUGAAACUCACAUUUGACCUCAUAGAGAAAGGCUAUCUAGUGUUAAAGAGCUCUAGCUACAAAGUAGUUCCUGUUUCGCUCUCUGAGGUUUAUUUACUCCAGUGCAAUAUGAAGUUCCCUACCCAGUCUUCCUUUGACCGGGUGAUGCCUCUCCUGAAUGUGGCAGUGGCCUCUCUCCACCCACUGACUGAUGAACAUAUCUUCCAGGCCAUCAAUGCCGGUAGCAUUGAAGGUACACUAGAAUGGGAGGAUUUUCAGCAGAGAAUGGAAAACCUCUCUAUGUUUCUAAUCAAGCGCAGAGACAUGACUCGUAUGUUUGUACAUCCUUCUUUUCGAGAAUGGCUUAUCUGGAGAGAAGAAGGAGAGAAAACCAAAUUUCUCUGUGACCCCAGGAGUGGUCACACGUUACUUGCCUUCUGGUUUUCCCGCCAAGAUGGAAAACUAAACCGACAGCAGACUAUUGAACUGGGGCAUCACAUACUCAAAGCACACAUUUUUAAGGGUUUGAGUAAAAAAAUUGGUGUAUCAUCCUCAAUCCUUCAAGGUCUCUGGAUCUCCUAUAGCACGGAAGGCCUUUCCAUGGCGUUAGCAUCUUUACGAAAUCUCUACACUCCAAAUAUAAAGGUCAGCCGAUUGCUGAUUUUGGGAGGUGCCAACAUUAAUUACCGGACUGAGGUUUUAAAUAAUGCUCCAAUUCUAUGUGUGCAGUCUCAUCUUGGCUACACAGAAAUGGUGGCCCUCCUGUUGGAGUUUGGAGCCAAUGUGGAUGCCUCUUCCGAAAGUGGCCUGACUCCUUUGGGGUAUGCGGCAGCAGCAGGAUACCUGAGUGUCGUCGUGCUGCUGUGCAAGAGGCGGGCCAAGGUGGAUCACUUGGAUAAGAACGGGCAAUGUGCUUUGGUCCAUGCUGCACUCCGAGGUCAUCUGGAGGUUGUCAAGUUUUUGAUUCAGUGUGACUGGACUAUGGCCGGCCAGCAGCAAGGAGUGUUUAAGAAGAGUCAAGCCAUCCAACAGGCCCUCAUUGCUGCAGCUAGCAUGGGUUACACUGAGAUUGUCUCCUACCUACUUGAUCUUCCAGAAAAAGAUGAGGAGGAAGUGGAGCGAGCACAGAUCAACAGCUUUGACAGUCUCUGGGGAGAGACAGCCCUGACAGCUGCAGCCGGAAGGGGCAAACUGGAGGUGUGCCGUCUGCUCUUGGAACAAGGAGCAGCAGUGGCCCAGCCAAACCGCCGAGGGGCAGUGCCCCUAUUCAGCACUGUUCGCCAGGGCCAUUGGCAGCAUAUUAAGUAUGCCUUGAUCCUUAGAGAUGAAAACAGAAGUGCUGAAGGAAAGCAGACGCAGACUAUAAAAGGUGGGAAGAGAAAGCAGCCUGGUGGUAUCGUCAAUGGUGCCUCUAUUGCUCUAAUGGACAAAGAAGGACUGACAGCCCUUAGCUGGGCUUGUUUGAAGGGCCAUCUCUCAGUAGUACGCUCUCUAGUCGAUAAUGGAGCUGCCACAGACCAUGCUGACAAAAAUGGCCGUACCCCACUGGAUCUGGCUGCUUUCUAUGGUGAUGCAGAGGUGGUCCAGUUCCUGGUGGAUCACGGGGCCAUGAUCGAGCAUGUUGACUACAGCGGAAUGCGCCCUCUGGAUAGGGCAGUAGGGUGCCGGAACACUUCUGUUGUUGUCACCCUUCUGAAGAAAGGAGCCAAAAUAGGUCCAGCCACAUGGGCGAUGGCCACCUCCAAACCAGACAUCAUGAUCAUCCUGUUGAGCAAGCUGAUGGAAGAGGGGGACAUGUUUUAUAAGAAAGGUAAAGUAAAGGAAGCUGCCCAGCGCUACCAGUACGCUUUGAAGAAAUUCCCUAGAGAAGGGUUUGGUGAGGACUUGAAAACCUUCCGGGAACUAAAGGUGUCUCUCCUCCUCAACCUCUCUCGAUGUCGCAGGAAAAUGAACGAUUUUGGAAUGGCGGAGGAAUUCGCUACUAAGGCCCUGGAGCUGAAACCGAAAUCUUACGAAGCUUACUAUGCAAGAGCAAGGGCAAAACGCAGCAGCAGGCAGUUUGCAGCAGCCUUAGAGGACCUGAACGAGGCCAUCAAGCUGUGUCCAAACAACCGUGAGAUCCAGAGACUUCUGAUGAGAGUGGAGGAGGAGUGUAGACAGAUGCAGCAGCCGCAGCCACAGCCCCAGCCCCAGCCCCAGCCCCAGCAGCAAUUACCAGAAGAAACAGAGCCUGAACCACAGCAUGAAGAUAUCUACUCUGUACAAGACAUAUUUGAGGAGGAGUACCUGGAGCAGGAUGUUGAAAAUGUGUCCAUUGGCCUCCAGACGGAGGCUCGGCCCAGUCAGGGACUCCCAAUCAUCCAGAGCCCGCCCUCCUCUCCGGCCCAUCGGGAGUCCACCUACAUCUCAAGCUCACCUCUUGGCUCUCAUCAGGUCUUUGACUUCCGGUCCAACAGCUCUGUAGGUUCUCCCACUAGACAGGGCUAUCAGUCCACCUCACCUGCUCUUUCUCCAACCCACCAGAACUCUCAUUACAGGCCUAGUCCGCCACAUACUUCCCCCGCUCAUCAGGGUGGAACUUACCGUUUUAGCCCCCCUCCUGUGGGAGGGCAGGGCAAAGAAUACCCAAGCCCUCCACCUUCUCCUCUCCGUAGAGGCCCUCAGUAUCGAGCCAGCCCUCCAGCUGAAAGCAUGAGUGUCUAUAGGUCCCAGUCUGGUUCACCUGUGCGAUAUCAGCAAGAAACAAGUGUUAGUCAGCUUCCUGGCAGACCAAAAUCUCCAUUAUCCAAAAUGGCCCAGCGACCCUACCAGAUGCCUCAGCUUCCUGUGGUAGUUCCCCAGCAAGGGCUCAGGCUACAGCCUGCUAAGGCCCAGAUUGUAAGAAGCAACCAGCCUAGCUCAGCAGUUCAUUCGAGCACUGUCAUCCCCACAGGAGCCUAUGGCCAAGUAGCCCAUUCCAUGGCUAGUAAAUACCAGUCUUCACAAGGAGACAUAGGAGUAAGUCAGAGCCGGUUAGUUUAUCAGGGGUCAAUGGGGGGAAUCGUAGGUGAUGGAAGACCUGUGCAACAUGUCCAAGCCAGCCUGAGUGCGGGUGCCAUCUGUCAGCAUGGAGGGUUGACCAAAGAAGAUCUUCCACAGCGACCUUCCUCAGCAUAUCGAGGCGGCAUGAGAUAUAGCCAGACACCACAGAUUGGGCGUAGCCAAUCAGCAUCCUAUUACCCAGUCUGUCACUCAAAACUAGAUCUGGAACGUUCCUCCAGCCAACUAGGUUCCCCUGACGUGUCACAUUUAAUCAGAAGACCUAUUAGCGUCAACCCCAAUGAAAUCAAACCCCACCCCCCAACUCCCAGGCCACUGCUCCACUCCCAAAGUGUAGGCCUUCGCUUCUCUCCAUCUAGCAAUAGUAUUUCAUCCACCUGCAACCUAACUCCUACCUUCCGGCCAUCUUCCUCGAUCCAGCAAAUGGAGAUCCCACUGAAACCUGCCUAUGAUAGGCCAUGUGAUGAGUUAUCACCAGUAUCUCCCACACAGGGAGGUUACCCCAGUGAGCCCACGCGAUCCAGGACCACACCAUUCAUGGGGAUCAUAGAUAAAACAGCCCGGACUCAACAGUACCCCCACCUUCACCAGCAGAAUCGGACCUGGGCAGUAUCAUCAGUGGAUACUGUUAUCAGUCCCACAUCUCCAGGCAACCUGCCUCAGCCUGAGUCCUUUAGUCCACCAUCAUCCAUCAGCAACAUUGCCUUUUAUAACAAAACCAACAAUGCACAGAAUGGCCAUUUGCUGGAGGACGAUUAUUACAGUCCCCAUGGGAUGCUGGCUAACGGAUCCCGGGGAGACCUCUUGGAGAGAGUCAGCCAGGCCUCCUCAUACCCCGAUGUGAAGGUGGCUCGGACCCUCCCUGUGGCUCAGGCAUACCAGGACAACCUGUACAGGCAGUUGUCCCGGGACUCUCGACAAGGGCAGACAUCUCCUAUCAAACCAAAGAGACCAUUUGUGGAGUCUAAUGUUUAA